AACAGCCGCUCGUGAAAGAAUGCUCUCGAUGGUAACUCAAACUGAUUGUCCAUUUCCAGCAAUAAUUAUUUAAACAAUUGCUUUUCAAAUGUAUGAAAAGGAACCACUUCCCUUACCAAGUAGUGAGUCAUUAAGUCAGUUAUUCUCUGCCAUUUGUUGCGGUCUCUUUUGUAUUUCUCCACCCAGGAGAACGCCUAAGCAACAACUCAGCUGCCCCUUGCCCCACGUUUUGCUGCAACCUGUUGAAUCUGUUGUGGCAGAGGUUCCUCUGAGUUCAGCUAAUUUUGCACGGUGGUUAAUUCGAAGGUGGCUUCUCAGAUUCGAGUUUUUCAGAAUCAGUUUCCACCUGUUAUUGACAAACUGGGCCUGAUGGGACUGCUCAGAUCUUCUGCUCUUUUCUGUCCAUAUGGGAAGCCAUGGUUAAAUCAAGGCUCGGGUUUUAGAGCAAGUCAUCUUUUCUGGGCAUUACGAGACCUCCACACCAUUUCCUGAGCGAGAAUGAAAAUAAGAUUUGCCUUUCCAAGCAGACUGCGGAAGAAGAAUUUCAUUUCUUCUUUAUCAUUGCUGCUGGUGAUCUGUGCCUUCUUGCUGCUCUUCCUAAAGUUCACUGUUAAAUACAGCAUUACCAUUGAAACCUAUGGGUCUACCGCAGGCUACAAUGACGUUGAGCUGCUCCAUCGCUACAACAUUGACUGCAAUGCCAUCUAUGAAAUGGAGCCGGCCGAGUUGGGGAAGUCGCUGGUCAUCAGAAAACAGGUGGUGGUGGAAGAGCAGGACAAGAGCUUGGUCAACCUGAUCUCAAAUUGCCCGCGAUACCUCCUCUCCCGGGGCUAUGGGGAUGUCCAAGUGUCUGAGGAGGAGCAGGCCUUCCCCCUGGCCUACUCACUGGUGGUCCACAAGUCUGCCUCCAUGGUGGAGAAGAUCCUCAGGGCCGUCUACACCCCUAACAACAUCUACUGUAUCCACUACGACCUGAAGUCAUCAGAACUGUUCAGAGAGUCCAUGGAGGGUCUGGCACGCUGUCUACCCAACGUCUUCAUCGCCUCUAAGCUGGAGGCAGUGACGUAUGCCAGCAUCAGCCGCCUCAAUGCUGACCUCAACUGCCUGUCUGACCUUAUAGGAUCAAAGGUCAAGUGGAGGUAUGUCAUCAACCUGUGCGGUCAGGACUUUCCCCUGCGCUCCAACAUAGAGCUGGUGGCUGACCUGAAGAAGCUCCGGGGGGGUAACAUGAUGGAGACAAGUCGCCCCAGCGAAUACAAGAAGCAGCGUUUCUCCUUCCACCACGAGCUGCAGAACGUGUCAUUCGAGUACCACCGGCUGCCAGUGAAAACCAACAAGGCCAAGGGGCCUCCGCCGCACGGCAUACAGAUGUUCAUCGGCAGCGCAUACUUCGUGCUCUCGCUGGAGUUCGUCACUUAUAUGAACAAGUCUGCGCUGGCCAAGGACUUCCUGAUGUGGUCAAAUGACACCUACUCCCCAGAUGAACACUUCUGGGCCACGCUGACACGGGUGCCGGGCGUGCCAGGUGAGGUGCCACGGGCCCAGGCCGACAUCACAGACCUGAUGAGCAAGACCAGGCUGGUGAAGUGGAACUACCUGGAGGGACCGCUUUACCCAUCAUGCACAGGCAAACACGUCCGCAGUGUGUGUAUCUAUGGGGCGGGGGAGCUGCGCUGGCUACUGAACUACGGCAGCUGGUUCGCUAAUAAGGUGGACGCCAAAGUUGACCCGGUCCUUAUCCAAUGUCUUGAGGAUAAAUUACAGGAGAAACAGAGACUCUUGGUCAAGGCUAUGAAGUCACAACAAAAGAUUCCCUCCUCUGUGUUAGCAGUUGAUGUUAUUCUUCAAUAAUACAAACUCCAAAGCAAAUCAGGGGGAGAAAAUGUGAUUUAUUUGAGAAAGACAAAUCAUAGAUGUUAUGCUGGGAGGUAGAUGUUCAGUCUCCCCGGUCCUCAGCUUUUCUCAACAGAAUAAAGGACAGGAUGCCAUUGAUAACCCCCCACCCUAGCCUGGGAUUGACCAAUAACAAGGAUACUUGUUAUUGGGCCAAUAGCCAAAUAACAAGUAUCCUGCUCCAGACUCAAUGUACAGACCAAUGAAAACGUGAGUCCAGGACUGACAUUCCACAGAAUACCUACUAUUUACAUUGACAAUUCCCUAUUGAUCGUUAAUUCUAGUACUCUCGUCCUCUCAUCCUCUGCGCUGUGUAUUUAUUUUCUAAAUAUUCUUAUACCUGGAAAAGGUUAAAUAAAUGGAUGAUUGAUUAUUAAUGGGUUAAUUCAUGUGGGAAUAUGGAACCUUUGUAAUGCUGUUUUUGACAGCACCAUUUUGGUAUUAUUAAAGACUUUUGUCUGAGUUGA